CUACUAGGUCCGAAACUCGGGGCGCCUAUUGCGCUAUACUUAGACUAUUAUGUACCUACCUGCCAUUUACCUCGGGGCAGAGCGGAGGCUAAUACAUCAUGGCUUUCGGACGGCUAUACAUACCAGGCAACCCGGUGAACCGCAACGGGUAGGUACAUCAGAGACACAGAGUUGAAUCAUCGUCAUAGUUUUCUCUAACCUACCUACCUAUUCAUUUGCCGUUUACAUCUUGACUUUAUCAAGCUGGGCCACAUCAUCUAAAUCCUUUGAUAGCCACUGUGUAUGCACCUUCACUUCACGAUGCCUCUCACAACACCCUCCGUGUUCCCUCCGGAAUCAGACGUCUUCUCCAAGUUUCCGAGCCGUCGGAGCGUAGUCCACAGCACCAAGGGCAUCGUAUCGUGCACGCAGCCCCUCGCGGCGAAAUGUGGUAUCGAGGUGUUGGAAGCCGGUGGUAACUGUGCCGAUGCAGCCGUAGCAGUUGCCGCCGGGCUGAACAUGACGGAGCCGUGCUCCACGGGCAUCGGCGGCGACAUGUUUUGCCUCUUCUACGACGCCAAGACCAAAAAGAUCUCCGCCAUGAACGGCUCCGGCCGCUCGGGCAACAAGUGCACGCUCGAGACCAUCCGCGCCUCCCUCGGCCUCAAGGACGGCGAGUUUGGCAAGAUCCCCAUGAGCAGCGUGCACGCUGUCUCCGUGCCCGGGGCCGCGGCCGGGUGGCACGACACCGUCGAGCGGUUUGGCAGCGGCAAGGUUACGCUGCAGCAGGUCCUGGCGCCGGCGAUUGAGCUGGGGGAGAAGGGAUUUCCGGUUUCGGAGGGCGUGGCGCACUUUUGGAAGAAAUCAGAGGCACAGAUCCGCAAAGCCUCACCCAACGGGAGCGAAAUGCUCAAGAAGGACCCCAGCGCCCCGGACGGCGUACGUGCUCCUCGGGCAGGAGAAAUCAUGAAGAACCCCACGCUAGCCAAGACCUUCCGCGCCCUAGCCGCCGAAGGUAAGAAAGGGUUCUACGCCGGCCGCGUCGCAGAAGAACUCGUGAAAGUAGUGCAGGACCUCGGGGGCCACCUCGAGCUAGCGGACCUGGCGCACCAUAUGGAAACGGGCAGCGAGCCCGUCGAGGCCAUCUCGCUCAAGUUCCGGGGGCAGAACGUGAAGGAGCUGCUGAAAGAUAGUAUCCUCAGCGACGGCCAAUCUACUAAAGACAACCUAGACAUCGGCCUCGAGCUAUGGGAGCACCCGCCCAACGGGCAAGGCAUCGUCGCGCUAAUGGCUCUCGGCAUCAUCCAAGAGCUCGAGGCCGCGGGCACCAUCCCCACAUGGACCGCCGCAGACUUCAACACAGCGCCAUACCUCCACGCCAUCAUCGAGUCCCUGCGCCUCGCCUUCGCCGACGCGAGCUGGUUCGUCGCGGACCCCAACGUCUCCUCCGUCCCCACCCCCUCCCUCCUCUCGCAACCCUACCUCGCCGACCGCGCCAAGCUCUUCAACCCCUCCGCCGCAUCCAAAGACCUCCCGCACGGCUCCCCGGCGCUCCAGAGCAGCGACACCGUGUACUUCGCCGCGUCCGACAGCCAGGGCAACGCCAUCUCCUUCAUCAACAGCAACUACGGCGGCUUCGGCACCUGCAUCGUCCCCGCCUCCUGCGGCUUCACCCUGCAGAACCGCGCCGCCAACUUCUCGCUCGAGGCGGGACACCCCAACGUGCUGGCGCCGAGGAAGCGGCCGUACCACACGAUCAUCCCGGCCGCCGUCACGAACCUGCACGACGGCUCGCUGCACAGCGUCUUCGGCGUCAUGGGCGGCUUCAUGCAGCCCCAGGGCCACGUGCAGGUGCUGCUGGGCCAGGUGGUCGGGCGGCUGAGCGCGCAGCAGGCGCUCGAUGCGCCGCGCGUGUGUGUCGGUGCUGGCAUGAGCCAGGGGGCGUCGGGCCCGGAUUGGACGGUUUUUGUCGAGGAGGGGAUGCCGGGGGAGACGGUGGAGGGGCUGAAGGGGCUGGGGCACGAGGUCAAGGUCGUGGAGGACAUGGAGCGCUCGCAGUUUGGACGGGGGCAGAUUAUUAGGUGGAGUGUUGAUCCGGUUGAGGGCGUGGGAGUCUGGUCGGCGGGGAGCGAUCCGAGGGGGGAUGGGGGGGCGUAUCCUUUGUGAUGCGUGUGUGUGUGUGUGUGUUUAUGUGUGUGUGUGUGGGUGGGUGCUCUGGAUGUGUGGGUAGAUAGGUAUGAGUAGUAAGCGAGGAAUUGGUAAUAUGAUAUGUGAUAUACAUGUAUUACACCUACCUAUCUUAUGUAGUAGAGAGAUAGAUA